AUGAUGACUACAAUACUGCAAAAAAUUUCAGAGGGUUACAAUGAUAUCAUGCAAAAUAAAAGUGAUCCGAGGGUUAGUGACUGGCCUCUGAUGUCUGGUCCAUUACCAACUAUCCUUAUUUGUGCUUCGUAUGCAUUAAUUGUUACAAAAAUUGGACCAAAACUAAUGGAAAAUAGGAAACCGUUUGAUCUAAAGAAGACACUUAUCAUAUAUAAUGCUCUUCAAGUCAUUUUUUCUGCGUGGUUAUUCUCAGAGGCUAUUCAUGCUGGUUGGUUCACAACGUACAGUUUUAAAUGUCAGCCAGUAGAUUACUCCUAUUCACCACAUGCUCUAAGAACAGCGAGUGGGUGUUGGUGGUACUACAUAUCCAAGUUUACCGAAUUUUUAGACACUAUCUUCUUCGUUCUUCGAAAGAAAAAUGAUCAUGUGUCCAGGCUGCAUGUAAUUCACCAUGGUAUCAUGCCUCUUUCAACAUGGUUUGGUGUCAAGUUCACUCCAGGUGGCCACAGUACUUUCUUUGGAAUGUUGAAUACAUUUGUUCAUAUUGUAAUGUAUUCAUACUACAUGCUUGCUGCUUUUGGACCAAGCAUGCAGAAGUAUUUAUGGUGGAAAAAAUACCUCACUGUACUCCAAAUGGUCCAAUUUGUUCUUGUAAUGGUUCAUGCCUUUCAACUACUCCUGAUUGAAUGUGACUACCCCAAAGCUUUUGUCUGGUGGAUUGGUCUUCAUGCUAUUAUGUUUUACUUUCUUUUUAAGGACUUCUACAAUCAAUCAUACAACAAGAAAAAACAGAUGAAGGUUGAGACCAAGCAUAUGAAUGGUAAUGGUGUACAUAAUUAUACCAGAAAUGGUAGUGUUAAGAGGAAUGGCUACAUUACAACAGAAGUUCAACAGAGAAGAUUUGUUAAGCAGCUUGACUUUCUUGGUGAAUCAGAAGGAGUAAAACUUGAAGAGCGAUAA